UUUGUGGUCGCAAGCUUCAUUUAAAUUAUUUGAGAGCAAAGAGGGAUGGAUAAGAUCAACAAUCUACCUGAUGAGAUUAUUUGCCAUAUCGUGUCCUUCCUCUCGGCAAAGGAGGCUGCUUUCGCAUCGGUUCUCUCCAAAAGGUGGCGGAAUCUGUUGUUUAACAUCAUAUCAAGUGCUGAGUUCAAUGUCAAUGACUCAGUUGAGAAUCCAACGAGUCUGUCUGAUUUCUUGAAUGGAGUAUUGGCUCUGCAUCCCAGUUCACGGAUAAGGAACUUCUCGUUAAAAUGUAGAAAACGUGAUCUUCGACCUCAUUAUGCUCUUGUCAAACGUUGUCUCCGUAACGUGCUGAAGCGUGGUGUCUUGGACCUUAAACUAAACAUAGAGGCUGAACAAGGAGAUGCAUUGCCUCUUGAGGUCUUCACUUGCAAGACGCUUGUUAAGCUAGAACUUGGGACUGGUUUUGAAAUUGAUAUACUCCCUGAGGAUGCUCUUCUUCCAUCGCUGAAGACUCUCACUCUCGAUUCAGUUAAGUUCUAUGAUCGUUACGGUUGUGCAUUCCAAAAGCUUCUUUCUGCUUGCCCUGUGCUUGUGGAAUUAGUGAUGCGUGAAGUGGAAUGGGAACAUUGGAAAUGGUCUCGCUGUGUGUCAAGUCCGACCCUUGAGAGACUUACUAUUAGCCAUAAUCUUCUAGCUGAUGAGUAUUAUUUGGAGAGCAUUACUUUUGAUAUUCCGAGUCUUACCUAUUUAGACUACGUUGAUUUCAUUCCGGAAGCUUAUCCAAUUGUUAAUCUUGACUCCGUUGUGGAAGCCAAGCUCAGUAUUAUUUUGACAGUUGAACACAACUGGAAUGGAAAUUUUAUAAGAGAUGAUGCUCUCAUUACUGGCGACCCAACCAAUCUGAUUAAGGGGUUGAAAAAUGUUGAGAUCUUAAACUUAUCAUCUCCUGAAACUACGGAGGCAUUUUAUUUCUUCCGGGGAGCAAUACCAGUAUAUAAUAACCUGCAACAUUUAUCUAUUGCUACCGAUAAUGAAUUAUGUUGGAAGGCUCUGCCAUAUGUGCUACAGAGUGCUCCAAAUCUAAAGACUCUUGUCAUUCGAGGUCUUCUGCACUGUAAUGUGAAUUCAGAAACAUAUGAUGAUGAGGAAACUGUUUGUGAGUGCUUGUCCAGAUAUAGUUUCCUACGUUCGUGUCCUGUGAAAUUUCUAGAGAUCACUGAGUACGGGGGAACUAAAGGAGAGUUGGAGCAAAUGAAACAUUUCCUGGAGAAAUUGAAAUGUCUUGAGCUUCUCAAAGUUGGUGUUUAUGCAACAGAGCCCGAAGACAAGUUGUUACAUCUCAAAGCCAAUGUAAUAAAGCUUCCGAAAUCAUCACGCAAGUGCAAGAUCCGGUUCGAGUAUGUUCAACCUUUCUUAAUUUGGGAUUGA